AUGCGGGCGGCACUGGGCUGCCUCCGCCGCCCGAACAACCCUCUCGCCUUCCCAGCUGGGGUGGGAAGGGACUCCUUAACCACCGGCCCAGCCAGUAGCGCCGAUCCCAAGCCCUGCGAGGAACCAGUUGGGAACCGGUCCUGCAGCGAGGAUGCAGAGCCCGGCUAUAAAGGGAGCGCCGGGACGGGCCCCCGGCACUCGGCUCCGGCUCUCGGCCAUGAGAGUAUUCCCAGCUGCUGGGCAGGGGGGAGAACGGCCUUGGGCACGGCUGGAGCUGCUGCAGGGGGCUUGGAAGGGUGGUGGGCAUCCACUUUUCUUCCCAGGGACCCCCAGUUGCGCCCACUCGUCCUCUAUUCCCCCACAGAUGGUCCCUGGGAGUCGGCCGAGAGCUGCAUCGUGCGCACCUCCGCCAGCGUCUACCGGCGGCUGCAGGAGAGCCCGCGGGGAAUGAGCACCGGGGGACCCCCCCCGGCACCACCGCAGCCCCCCGGCAGCCCCCCGGCCGGCGGGAGGCUCCUCAAAUCCGAGUCCGAGGAUUCCGGCGUGGAGAUGGCCAGCAACGAGCACUCACCGUGUACCCCGCUGGGCUCCGAGAGCAGCUUCUGCCUGGAGGGUUUCCUGGGGGAGAAGCCCCCCGAGGAGGAGCCCCCCGGGAAGGAGGAGCCCCCCGGGAAGAAGGAGCCCCCCAGACCCGCCCGGAGCCGCUCGGCCGGCCGGAGGAUGCUGCAGGCAGGGCAGAGGAGCAGGAGGCAGCGCUGCCAGCGCAGCGCCAGCGCCGCCGAGCCCGCAGAGCCCCCCGGGGACCCCGAGGGGCUUCGGCCGCCUCGGGACCCCCAGACCGCGGUGCCAGGGCAGGGGCUGCGCUACCUGGAGCAGGUGUGCCAGCUGCUGGAGCGCCUGGCGAGGCUGCAGCAGGACAACCGCGCCCUGCGGCAGCGGGCGGCCGGAGCCCGCGGUGCCCGCAGCCUGCCCCCGAGGCAGGAUUCGGGCCCCUGGAGGGGUUCGGGGUUCCGGCCGCGCUCCUGCUCCGACAGCCAAGCGCCAGCAGCCGAGCCCGGGCCGUGCCGCAGGCUGGGGGGACACUCGCUCAGCUCCCCCAACCUGCUGGACCCCUCCGAGGGCGGGCCGGGGGUCCCGGUACCGGACACGGUAAGGCUGGGGGGGCUCGGGGGGUGGCGGGGCGCCCCCCGGGACCCCCCCCUGACGCGGCUCUCCCGGCAGGACGGCCGCUCGCACUGGGCCCGGGUGAAGGUGCUGCUCACCCGCCUGACCCGCCGCUCCCUGCGGGGCAGCCGGUGCCGGUAG